AAUCAACAAUCCCUGUUCGGGAUUCCUCGUUCUAGGGUUUCACUCGUCUCUACGGCUGUCCGCCCGGCAGACUCCCCCAUCGAAACCCGUCUCUACGGCGGACGCCCUCAAGUAGGGCCCGCCGAUCUCUCGCUCUCCCUCCUCUCCUUCAGCCGCCCCCAUCAAAGCCAUCAACGCCGCCGCCGCCUCGCGUCGAAGUCGUCGGCGUCGACUCCCUGGUCGCUUUCUGGUUGCCGCUUUGAACCGGUUGAAAAGCGGAACCAAAAAACCGUCGCACGUCGGAACCGUUGCCGGGACGGGUUCUGAUUCGUCCGCGUCGUCGGAUCGGUUUCAUCCCCACGAGUACUAGUAGCGGCCAUUAUUUCGUAUAUCCGAACUGAAGAACUCGAUCGACGAUCAGAGGCAUCGACGGCUCCAACGCUGAUCCCACACGUCAUGGACGGGAUGAACGUCCACGACGAGGAUCCAUCGGAGGACGUGGAGGCGAGGACGAAGCGGCCCAAGCUGAGCGACGAGGAGGAGAUGGUUCCCGCCGACUCUGGAGGAGGUCUUUCAUGUGCUGCUGUAACUCAAGCUGAAAAUAUGGAUGCCGAAUCUAGUGCAACUUGCAGUGCUAUUGCUUACCAGCCUUAUGAGGACAUGUCUAAAACAUCAGACUUUAGCGUCAAAGAUGAUGCCAUGGAACACUAUUAUAAACAAGAGGCUAUUAGACUAGUAAACUUUACAAAAACGUUGUAUUCCUUGGAUUCUGUAGAUUUCUACAGGUGCCCGGUGGAUCUGCAUAAAGAGCUGGAGAUGAAGGGUUUGAUCCCACCUAAUUUCAUAGGAGCUGAAGAGUGUAUAAGACUAAGGUGCACCAAAUCUAAUAUCGUGCAUUACUAUGAUACGUACUACAAGUUAGUCGAAAAGCUCUGUGAUUUGGCACCAUAUAUGCAGUGGAAUCAUGAGAUUGGUAAGCAAGUUGAAUGGCUAAAGGAGAAGGGUCAUCUUCCAUCUCUCUGCGAUUCUACUAUUUCUGAGUACGAGAUAUGUUUGGCCCUUGAGAACCUCCAUGGACUUUUUUUUGACAUGUACUGGCGGUUCCAUCCUUUGAUAACUGAGGGUUACAGGGAUGAUUUAUUAAAAAUCAUCAAACGAAUGGCUGGAGCUAUGCGACAAAGAGUGAAACAGACACAUGAAGAAUUUAGCAGACUACUGCCUCCCUAUGGUGAUUUCACUAACAAUUUGCUCAACAAAUGCAAGGAGACUUCUCCGCAUGUAGCAAAGCAGGUGGCUUUGCAUGGUGAAUUUGACUCGCAUUUAGAUUCAUGUGAGUCAAUACAGCAUGAUAGUUCUAUUAAUGAACUUCUUGAAGAUGAGACGGUGGUGACGAGACAGUUUUCAUUGCUAGAAAAGGAACUUGUUAAGGAAUCCUUGAAUGCCAAAAUUUACAUGCUAAAGAAAGUAGAGGAAGUUGAAUCAUAUUUUACAUGCUUGGAAAGCCUAGUGAGACGAAGACUCGAUGGGAGAGAUGAUUUUGAUAAGUUAGUGCGUGAACUUGCAAAAGAGGGCCUUUUUGAGUUUUCUAAUCUUCCCACUGAUAAACCUCUUCGAAAAAAUUGGAGCCCUGAAUUUUACGAAUUAUUAGAUAAUGCAAGGCAUUCAGCUUUCCCACAUCUUCCGGACCAUUAUGUGAUCAAUGGACUUUUGGACUAUUCGUUCUUUUUUUCCUUAAAUGACGAGCAUCACGAGUCAGAAACUGUGGAGGAUUGCUUGGCAAAAGUGGAGGAACGUUGUGACUCGAAGUGCUUUUUUCUAAGAAAGGAACUUUGGAGGACCAAAUAUUAUACGAAUCCUAUAUACGAGCAAUUUGGGGACGCACUAAAACUGAUAGACUUGCCGCAAAAAUUUGAUUGUGGACUGUAUUGCUGAUCUCUUGGAGAAGAUUUUUGUCACUUACUGUGUCGAGCUUAUCUGUCACUCUGAGCCUCCUUUGGAUUUUGAACCCGCUCUUUGGUUGCCAAGCCCUCAACAUGGUCUUUAAUGCCAUACAAAAUAAUUUGUAACUUUGUAAAAGCUGAUUCGUCUCGUUGGUUUCCGAAUUAAAUGCUAUUUGUGGAAUUAACCAUUAGAGUAGAUAGUAGAGUAUCAUUGAAGGGGAUUCUUUCUUUUGCUGUUGGAGAGGAUCCUCUCUCUUGUUGACAUAGUUGUGUGUUGUCGAUUCUCUUACGUAGUGCUUGGUUGGUUGGACAGUAAUGGGGAUGGUGGUAACGUCCCUACUAUCCAACCUCAUACUGAAGAUUUUAAUGCGCCUCCAACUGGAAUUGGACCGUCCAUGUGUCCUUAGAGGCCCCUUUACUUGGAGGGGCAGUUAUUCCAUUUGGGUAGGGUGGAACUGCUCUCAUCGUGGCAGUAUUUUUCUGUUUCUAA